ACCCACCCCCUUCUUCUUCGUCUUCCCAUCGUUUGCCUCUCACCCCAUUUCAAAAUCCCCUCUCCUGCUAGGGUUUCACGUUUGCGGCGCCGCCUCUUCUCGCGACAGCAGCAACGGCGACGACGAGGGGGAAGGGGAGCGAUCCAGGGAAGGGGAUGGACAUCGUGGACAAGUACGAGAAGCUGGAGAAGGUCGGGGAGGGCACCUACGGCAAGGUGUACAAGGCGCAAGACAAGGCGACGGGCCAGCUCGUCGCGCUCAAGAAGACCCGCCUCGAGAUGGACGAGGAGGGCAUCCCGCCCACCGCGCUCCGCGAGAUCUCCCUCCUCAAUCUCCUCUCCCACUCCCUCUACGUCGUCCGCCUCCUCGCCGUCGAGCAGGCCACCAAGAACGGCAAGCCCGUCCUCUACCUCGUCUUCGAGUUCCUCGACACCGACCUCAAGAAGUUCCUCGACGUCUACCGCAGGGGGCCCAACGCAAGGCCGCUCCCCACACACCUUGUCAAGAAUUUCUUGUAUCAGUUAUGCAAAGGAGUUGCACACUGCCAUGGCCAUGGUGUCCUUCACCGGGAUUUAAAGCCACAAAAUCUGCUAGUUGACAAGGAGAAGGGGAUAUUGAAAAUUGCAGAUCUUGGGCUAGGUAGAGCUUUUACCGUGCCAAUGAAAAGCUACACCCAUGAGAUUGUAACACUUUGGUAUAGAGCUCCUGAAGUUCUGCUUGGAACUACACAUUACUCAACUGGUGUUGAUAUGUGGUCUGUUGGAUGUAUCUUUGCUGAAAUGGUCAGAAGACAGGCUCUUUUUCCUGGUGACUCUGAGUUGCAACAGUUGCUUCACAUUUUCAGGUUGCUGGGAACUCCUACUGAGGAGCAAUGGCCUGGAUUGACUGCUUUGAGGGACUGGCAUGAGUUUCCCCAGUGGAAGACCCAGAGUUUGGCCCGUGCUGUCCCAACGCUGGAACCUGAAGGCAUUGACCUACUAUCAAAAAUGCUUCAGCUUGAUCCGUCAAACAGGAUAUCAGCAAAAGCUGCGAUGGAGCAUCCCUACUUCGACAGCCUUGACAAGUCCCAGUUCUAGUCCCUGUACCAUGUGAUUCAGAACAUGCCGUUACUCUACGGAAUGAGUCUUCUGAUGGAGCUAUGAAAUUUUUCACUUGCCAUCUAGGCAACAACUGGGUCAAUACUUAUUACUAAUGGUUCGUGGAGAGAUUGUAAAAUUGGCGUGCCUGUUUUCAUGUCAAGGCCAUAUGUGUGUUUAUGGGGAGUGAGUAUUGCUGCGUAUCACUGAAUAAACUAUGUAGCAUCUUUUUUUUGGUAACAGCUUGUCUUAUGAACUUAUCAUGUACUAUAACAGAAGUUAUAUGUUUCAGAUUCUGUCUUUUUAUCCUA